UUUAGCAACCAGGAAAUGACAGGGCGAUUUCCACUAGAUAACCCAGCCACAAAGCCAAAACAGCUUUCCCAGAAUGACAACAGAUACCGCUCAAGUCGGAGAAAUCAAGAGCAAUAUCACAGCCAAUCACAACACUGGCGGGAACUUGAUGAAAUCCGCAAGUCUGGAAUGAAAAAUUUUCGUAACAUUCAAGUGGAUGAAUCAAAUAUUUUGACUUGGCAAGGCCUCAUUGUUCCAGACAACCCUCCAUACGAUAAAGGUGCUUUCAGAAUCGAGAUCAUCUUCCCAGCAGAGUACCCCUUCAAGCCCCCCAAGAUCACGUUCAAGACCAAGAUCUACCACCCCAACAUCGACGAGAAGGGACAGGUGUGUCUGCCUGUGAUCAGCGCAGAGAACUGGAAACCAGCCACUAAAACUGACCAAGUGAUCCAGUCCCUGAUUGCGCUGGUCAACGACCCCCAGCCAGAGCAUCCUCUCAGGGCAGACCUAGCAGAGGAAUACUCUAAGGACCGUAAAAAAUUCUUUAAGAACGCAGAAGAGUUUACAAAGAAACAUGGAGAAAAACGACCUGUGGACUGAGAACGCAAACGUGUGACUCCCUCUUCCUAUUCCCGGCCUCCUCUAUCUACUCCCCCCCUCUAUCCCCCCCUUCCAAAACCCCCCUACACCCCUCUCUGCUCUUACCCAAUCUCCUGAAAAUGCCCCCACACACGUACACACAUCCUUCUAGUCCCCCUCCUCCUGGGGCAAUAUAUCUCAGCUCCACUUCUCCCUGGCAACAGGACUGUGUCGUGAAUCAGGCAGGUUGGUCACCUCUGGGUGUCAGCUUGUGGCUGUUACUAACUUUCUACUGAUUUCUUAAAUUAUAAAAAUGCUGGAAUUAAGCCCAAGAGAGCAACUUGUUAGAGGGAACAAAAAAAAUACAAUGGAAAGAAAGAUCUAGAUGGAAAUGUUAUGCUCAAUUUGUUCAUGAUUUGUACACAGAAGUGCUGGUGCAGACCUCUGUAUAAAGAUGAUCAAGUGUUUUGAAAACUAUUUGGUAAAUGCUCAACUUGUGGUCUGAUUGUUAACCCUUUUCAUCUCACUCCUUCCCCUCACUAAAAUAUGUAACAGAAAAAAUCAACCCCAAAACCAACAAAAUGAUAAAAAAAACACUUAAAGCAUCAAGGUUCAGGUGUGUGGCGAAAUGUUUAUUUUAUAUUUCUUUUUCUUUUUUUUGCCUAUGUUGCACUUUACUCUGUGGAACUAGCUUUUAAGUUUACCAUAAAACUUCAGUUUGUCACCAAUUCAAUGGUCCAGAUGUUAUAAAAGGGAAAAAAAAGUUUGACUGAACUUGCUUUUGUAUCUUUGCGAGAUUAUCAUGAAAUGUUUUGUUCAUAUGUUGUAAAUUUAGCAGACGGUUUGACCAUGUGACAGGAAGUACUGCUCUUCAUGCCAUUGCUCACUGGCCUCUUUUCAAGGUUCUGACUAGAGGGAGUACAGCUAUGACAGCACGUAACUUUUUUGUUGUUGUAGCAGGUUAGGAGAUUUAGGUCAAGAAAUAACGUUUAUGACAUCCCAUUCCCAUUGAAACUGCUCGUCAGUCUUGCACUGUAACUGGGAGGAUAGUGGUUCCCACUCUAAAAAUCUUUCUGUGCAUCGAGGAGAUCAGCCCUAGCAAGGCACUGCACAAAUUCACCAAUCUUAAUCACAUAAUGAGUAGUUAUUUGGCAUAAAAAGUGAUUUGUGAAUGAUGAUGGCAGACGUUUAGUCAUUUAGACAUUCUUCAGCAACAACCAGCAGACCAGUACCAGUAGAACAGUAGCUGCCAUGAGGAUAUAAAUUACAUUGGACCCACCAUUGUGGAAAAUACUUUUAGAAGCUCUAGAAAUGCAUUUAUUCAUGUCUACAUUUAUUUUUGCCACGUUUAUUCUACUACAGCCACCUUAAUGCACACUUUAAAAUUGUGAGCGAAACAUAUGUAUGAAAUGUUUUUCCUUAAAGUAUCAUUUUUGGAUAUUACUAAUGUUACGGUCCCCACUACAAAACAAACAAAAAAAAUACUUAAAUACAUGUAAUUUUGUCCUUGACAUUUAAUUGAAAUACUGCAGAAUUCCUUUCAUUCUUAUGGAGAUCUGCUCCUGCUGGGGUGAGGCAAUAUGUCCGACUGGUGGCUUCAAAGCCUGUCAGUGGCCAAUAAAUAGCAUCAGCAAUC